AUGGCUGAGCUGGCUCUUACAAUAAAGCUGAACUCGCUAAUUGAGCAGUAUACCACCACGAAUCCUAAGUCGAAAGUCGCUUUCGGGAAAGCACAAGAAGUGUUGCCUGCUGGAAGUACUCGCUCUGUGCUCUAUUCUACUCCCUUCCCACUUGUUAUCGAUUCUGCCGAAGGCUGUACGAUCACAUCUUUGGAUGGGCAAAAAUACAUUGACUUCGUCUCGGAUUUUUCAGCUGGCCUCUAUGGACAUUCUCACCCAGUGAUCCACAAAGCGAUCCAUGAUGCGCUAGCGAAGGGCUUCAAUUUAGGAGGAAUCAUUACGCAAGAGGCGCAGCUGGGCCAGAUUCUCUGCGAUCGGUUUCCCAGUAUUGAGCGAGUCCGGUUCUGCAACUCGGGUACCGAAGCCAACAUGUAUGCAUUGGCUACAGCUCUGGAGUACACAAAGCGCAAGAAGGUUCUCGUUUUCAAAGAGGGCUAUCAUGGAGGCACACUCAGCUUUUCCGCUGCUGGCAAUAGCAGUCCUUUGAACCUUCCCCAUGAAUACGUUUUUGGGACAUACAACGAUAUCGAAACCACACGACCAUUGAUUGAUAAUACCAUUGGCGCUAUUUUGAUAGAGCCAAUGCAAGCAGUGGGUGGCAUGAAGCCAUCUUCAAAAGAUUUCCUCCAAUCUCUGCGCGAUGCGGCGGACAAAUAUGGUGUCGUCCUUAUCUUCGAUGAGGUAGUUACAUCACGCUUUCACUUCCACGGUUUACAGGGAGCUUGGAAAGUCACACCGGAUCUGACAACGCUUGGAAAAUAUCUGGGUGGUGGGUUUUCUUUCGGGGCAUUUGGAGGGCGUGCUCAAAUCAUGAGUCUUUUUGACCCAACCGCCGCCGGUACCCAGACCCUUAGCCAUUCAGGCACAUUUAAUAAUAACGUAUUCUCCAUGACUGCUGCCGUUGCAGCCUCUCAGCUUGUCACGCAAAGGUCGCUGAGUCGGAUCAAUGGACUGGGAGACCGUCUGCGCGAGAAAGGAAAUGAAAUUGCGCAUGCGGCAGGCUACGAAAGCAUCGAGUUUACGGGAUAUGGCAGUGCAGUGGGUGUGCAUUUCCAUGGUUCAUCCGACGCGGAUCUCCGUGAUGCGUUCUACUUUCACCUUAUCCGAGAGGGGAUCUUCAUUGGCCGGCGUGGCUUUAUUUCUCUGAACCUUCAACAUACAGAUGCAGAGAUUGACAGGGUGUUGAAAGCUAUUCAACAGUUUGUGGAAGAUUACAGCCAGAUCUAG